UUUGUCAUAUAAUGAGGCAAAUUUGGGUUCACAAAGCAGCAAGGGCGAAAGAAUCAUAAAGAACCGUCCACUUGACAUGAUAUAUAUUUAUAUACCUCGAAAACUCUUGAUUAAAACUUUCAACUAAUUUUGAGGAUGAAGGGCUAUGCUAUGGAGCUUCCAAGCUCCAGAAAGUUGAUAUUACCCAUCCUAUCAGUCUUUUUUCUAACCAUAAUACCACUUUAUUUACGAAACAGUCCUCUGUCUCCUCUGCAUGCUCUAGAAAUGUUCAAGAAUGGUUCAAGAAGCGUGGAAAUUGAGCAUGUCUGCAAUGUGUUUCGAGGAGACUGGGUUCUAGGUUCCGACGGGCCUUACUACACCGAUGAAACUAAUUGCGAAAUCGAUCAACGACAGAAUUGUAUGAAGUUUGGCAGACCGGACACUGAGUUUAUGAGGUGGAGAUGGAAGCCUGAUGAAUGUGAGUUACCUCGUUUCAAUGCAUCUCAGUUCUUAGAGGCUGUCACAGGGAAAACCAUGGCAUUCAUCGGAGACUCGGUCGGACGCAACCAAAUGCAGUCACUGGUGUGCCUCCUAGCUAGUGCAGCAAAUCCUAUUGAUAUCUCCCAUGUAAACGAUACGAGAUUUAGACGGUGGUUGUACCCAUCACACAACUUCACAUUACUAGCACUUUGGUCCCCUCUGUUAGUGAAAUAUCGCGAUGCUGACACUAGUGGCUUCUCUAGGAACAGCGUCUUAAAUCUCUAUCUAGAUGAGGCAGAUGAGACCUGGACCGAUCAUACAGAUGAUCUAGAUUUUGUUAUAUUCUCGGCUGGCCAAUGGUUCUUUCGCCCCUUCAUUUACUACGAGAACAACACAAUUGUUGGUUGCUUCAAGUGCGAAAGACAGAACAUAACAGAGCUGCCUCAUUACUAUGGAUACCAAAUGGCCUUUCGAACCGCCUUUCAGACUCUAUUGAAAAAUGAAAAUUACAAAGGAAUCACAUUCCUGAGGACAUAUUCCCCAUCACAUUUUGAGAAUGGGGACUGGAAUAAAGGAGGGAAUUGUGUACGAACAAGUCCAUUUACAAAACAAGAGAUGAAGCUAGACGGGUAUAAUUUAGCGUCCUACAUGACUCAAGUAGAAGAGUUCAGGACCGCGGAAAAGGAAGCCGAGAAGAGAGGCCUGAAAUUUAGAUUGCUGGAUACAACUGAAGCAAUGGUGUUAAGACCGGAUGGCCAUCCAAAUUAUUAUGGUCACUCACCGCAGGAAAACAGGACCUUAGCCGAUUGUGUGCAUUGGUGCCUGCCAGGUCCGAUCGAUACAUGGAACGAAUUUUUGCUUCAAAUGUUGAAAGCCGAAGGAAAUGGAAACAUCAAAAUUAAGCUUCAGACAGAAGACUAGUGAAUAAACAUCCUUUUGCUUGCAAAAUGUAUAUCCUAGAUCAUAUCGUCUAAUAUAUGUAUAUAGAUAUGUGACUUGCAUUUUUUUCA